AUGAAGGUCCCUCCAUCUGAAGACUUCGAUCUCGUUCCAUUUGAAGGCUCAGAGAAUGAAGAAUUCAAGCCCCUUAAUGAAGACUUUCCCAUUGCUAGCGAAACAUCCUCCGAUGAGGAUGAAUACGCGGAACUUAGCUCCAGCGCACCAGAGCUCGAACCCCCAGUAAAAAGCCCCGAUAAUUCGAUUUUCGAAACGUUUAAAUUAAUGAAAGAAAUUGAUCGACUCAAUUUCAUAUGUGGAGUACUCGAGAAGAAACUCGAAACGCUGACAGCAGCGCCUGAAAAAGCAAAUGCUACGAAUGAUAAUACGAAUGAUGGAGAUGGAACCGAUAGCGACUUCAAGGACGAAAUUUCUGAUUUUAGUUCGCUUGCUAUAGAGAGUUUACGGGAAGAAUACCACAGCAAACUCGAAACGGCAUUUCGGAAUGACAAAACUAGUGGAAAUAUCCCAUGGAUAGAUACAGUUCCGUCAUUAAAAAGUUUGAAUGAACGUUUAGCAGAAUGGAUCGACCGGGUUUUCGAUCAGGGUAUAACAAAUUGUCUACCGUAUGGCUCUACUUCUGCAAGCAGGUUUGAAUGGGAAAAAAAGUACAACAAGAAUGGUCUGAAUGAUAUUCUUCGUUUGAUUCUGAGAGAUCAUGAGUCGCUUGAAGAUUUAGAUAAGCUUCGUAGACAUUAUGAUGGGAUUAUCGGCAGGGAGAUGGUGCUCCCAUCCUUGAAACGCCGAAUCGAGUCUGAAAAGAGGGAGAGUGUAGACUCUGUUGCGGAGAAUAGCGAUGUAGCUAAAGAAGUGGAAUGA